CGUUCCGAGGAGCGUUCUGUCCAAUUGGCCGUACGAGUGCAUAAAACGCUGGAGCUGGCCGAUGACAAAUUUUACGUUAUCACUUGUGGUAAAACUGGAUUCGCAAGGGACGACAACUCUCCUGUGGCGCUCAAAUUCUUCGAGAAUGACCGUCGAGUACAAGAAACUGUGUAUGGUCGUAGAUAUACCGUUAAGGCGGAGGUAACCCACCCGAAUGGAACUCAUGGAAUCCGAGUGAGGAAUUGUUUCGCUUUUAACAAGAAAAACAAAACCAUCGUAUUAAUCGAUGAUCGAGGAUGUCCUGUUAUGAACAGCGGAACAUACAUCAUGACUCGCUUCCGAACUGCUGCCAAUGGAACAACGGCUAUUGCCACAUUGAACUCUAUGUUCCGCUUCCCUGAUGGCUCGGAAGUUCACUUCCAGUGUGAUGUGGACCAGUGCAAUGGUCUUUGCCCUGAUAUAGAUGAUAGCAUGUGUUCACAAGAUCCGAGCGCUUAUAUCAAGUCUGGUCGAGCGUUAGGACAAACUGACGAAGGAAUGCUAUUAGCAGCCACUACAGUCUUUGUGCUGGAUCCAAUUGAUGCUAAACCUCUUGGGGCGUUAUGUGACGAAAGUGGUAUUAGACCACAUUGGCUGCUAUGGCUAACAAUCGCUCUGGCAGUCUUGUUCCUGAUUAUGCUGUUGAUGAAUAUUUUCCUGUGUACAGCUAUGAGCUGCAGUUGUGCUAGGACUGAGAUCAUCGAGAAGGAACCAUCUAUAAUAGAAGAAUAUGACCCAUAUCGAAGUUGGCAUGGUUCACAGUAUGGCUCGCGCUAUUCACUGCACGGUCGUGAUGGUGGUCACAACAAGGGCUACACCAGCGGGGGUAGCACGAUACACUCAAAUCGAUCCCUUCCCAUAGAUUCCGAUCAUUAUGCGAUAGUGCACAGCCGCCCGGGAUCCAGGCACUCCGGACUGCAUGGUCACCGUCCUCGAGGACCACCGAGCAAUAUGUAAAUCAUCAACAUCCUUCCACUACUUUUCGUCGUAAUGGGUACUUCCCAAGCACUGCCUACACACAUCGUCCAUGCAGGCAACAAAAGGAUAAAAAUAAAAUCAAAACAUCGCACUGACCAUUUAACCCCUUCCUUCCCUGCGAGUUUUAGCAUAACUCACUUCCAAAAUCGAUAUCCGCGGAGUGUACUUAGAUAUUGACCUAGAAGUUCAUCCCAACCGUUGAAGAAGUAUUGUAGACUAUGUGACUAAUGCUUUAUGGAAAUCGGCUGGCCGUGGAUCACCUGUGCAACCCAUGGCAAGGAAAGGGUUAAAUCAAACAACAUUUCUUCCUCAACAAACGUCUAUCACUUACAGCAUGUAUCGCUCACUUGCCUAUCCUGAAACAGAACUUAUGAAAACCUUCUAUCUCCAAAGCAUAGCUUGAGGAAGAUGUAAAUAAUUGGAAAUUGUGAAACGUGUCACGUUAAUUUUAUCACUAGAUA